AUGCCGAGAAAAAGAAAGGAUGAACAGUUGGGAAACGUAGGAAUAAGUUCGAAGAAACUGAAGGCUGUUAAAGAUAGUACUGACGAGACUUAUGCCCAAAAAUUGAAGAGGAAAAGAGAUCAGGCAAAGAAAGGGAAACCCGCAGAGGAAGCAUUUAGUAACAACAAUAACAGAGCUGAUAGUUCUGAUUUAAUAUUAGGACUUAAACCCAGGACAGCUCCUUAUACAGUCAAAGUAGCAACACCUUCCUAUUUGAAAACCAACAAUCUGACAUCUCAACUACACGGAUAUUCCAUGGGUGUUCAGAAAAGAAGUCUUUAUCAAAGUGCCACAAAAUGUAUGAUAGAUAUGCUGUCAGACAUGCAGAUCUCCACAAUGAUUAGUCCCUUUGAUCGCAGAGUUACUGCUAUGGAGUGGCACCCCACCAACCCAGAUGUGGUGGUUGUUGGGUCCAAGGGAGGGGACAUUAUGUUGUGGGACACCUAUAAUACUAAAAACCAGAAAUUCAUUCAAGGGAUGGGACCUGGAGGGAUCAUUAAUGCCAUCAAAUUUUGGCCUCAUGAUUAUAACAAGAUUCUCACUGCAGCUGUGGAUGGCACAAUUACUUUGAAUGACUUAGAGGGCAAAAACACUCAGGUUUUGGCAGACACCCUUAAUGUACAUGACUUUUGGUACUGCAGUGUGGAUGUACACCCAGUCAGAAAGUUUGUUGCAGCAGGUGACAAUGUAGGAAAACUUCAGUUUCUCACGUACGAGGGCAAACAGACUUUUGAAUUUCGCCUUCACAAGAACAAAAUCACCCAUUGUGAGUUCUCACCUUUGGAAGAAUGGAUGUUAUGCACAGCCUCUACUGAUCAAACUGUUCAGAUGUGGGAUGUUAGAAUGAUUAAAGAUCGCAAAAGCUCCCUCUAUACUCUCAAGCAUGACAAGCCAGUCAAUUCAGCUCAUUUCAGUCGCACCAAUGGAUGCCGGUUAUUAACCACAGAUCAGAACAGUCAAGUACGGGUGUACUUGGCUCCUGAGUGGCAGCUAGAGAAAACCAUUUUACAUCCUCAUCGCUUUUUCCAACACAUAACACCUAUAAAGGCAACCUGGCAUCCUCUACUAGACCUGGCAGUAAUUGGAAGAUAUCCUGACCCUAAUUUUAGUGGUUACCAUGAAAACGAACUCCGCACUAUUGACAUCAUUGAUGUGGAUUCUGAGAAAGUAGUGGCUAGACUUCAUGAUCCAUCAGCACCAGGUCUCGUCUGUGUAAACAAAUUUAAUAUUAAUGGAGACACGUUACUUUCUGGAAUGGGUGUCAACUUGUUACUGUGGAAGAGAAGAGAAGAGGCUGCCAAAAUUCAAGAGUCUUUGAUGUCAAAGAUAAGUGGAAAAGGCUUGGAUCAAAGUUCAAACUCAGGUCAAACAAGGUCAGGAAGGUCAAACCAAUCCAAGAGAGCCAAUGAAAAACUAAAAAAAAUGAAAGAAAGUACAGAAACCAAACAAACCAAAGCAAAACUCAUGCUGAAAACAACAGAAGAAAAACAGAAAAAGAAGAAAUGAGAUAAUCAUGUGUUCAUUUUCAGUUACCACACUGUGUUCAACUGUUCAUGAUCUGCAGGACUGCAGAAUCAAAAUUUAGUUGAUAAAACUUGUGCUUAGAAUUUCAAGGGGAAAAAAACACUGAUUGAUUCUAUGACAAAAUCUGAAAGAACAUAUAGUAUGUUUUGCAUGAUUUUUAAUGAAAAGUAUUUACAUGUUGUAUACUAGUAGAUUAAGUGGUACAGUAUUUGUGCAGUAGUUGUUAGUUUUGUGACUUGUUCAGUUACAUGUGUCAUUUGCAUUUCUCAUGUACUAGCUAGAGUAGUGUUUUUCUAAAUCUCUAAACAAACAAUCCUUUUUUUUUUCCCAUUAUGCAGUAUGUGAAAAAAGUGUCUAUUCCUAAAAAGAAUGGACAAUUUUUUUCCCCAAAAAGAAUGAACAGUAUUUUUCAGACAAAAUGAACAGUGCCUAUCUCUUACUAUUUGGUUGUCAGUUCUAGUAUUGCUUCAUAUGUUAAAAUUCUUAAAACUUUUCACAUUCCUGACUUCCUUGGAUAAAAUUAUCAUUUCUCUGGUUUUAGAUCAAAAUUUUGCACAGAAACACUCAGUUGGUCUCUUCUCAUAUCUCCCAUUACUAUGCAAAACGUUAACGGUAA